AACUGUGCCAAUAUAAAUAAUCAUGCCCACAAGGCCCAACCUUUGCAUAUGAGCAGCAUUCUAGUCACCUGAGUUAGGAGAGUUGCUGGGGUGAGAGAAUGGAGAAAAGUGACCUAUUUCUGAUUUGGAAAAAUUGGUUGUAUCAGUGAAAGAGAGCCUGCUAUGUUCCUAUCUUUUGUUUCUUCGUGAGCGUUCAAGUGCAUAUUCUCUCUUUCUCUCUCUCAUUACAUUGCUUGCUGAUAGAGCCUCUGAGAGCUGGAGGCCUUGGACCAGCACAGGCCUAAGAGAUAGUUUUUCUGGAUUCCGGGGCCAUCUUGUUUCUGUGGUGACUGCUCUUCAUGGGAUUUAUUCCCUAGGCUUCAAUAAAACUAUACUCUUCCAAGAUGCACACAUUUUUCUGCCUGUGGAAGAACAUGCUUUGACAGGUUUUUAGAUCCCUCUCCCCUGUUGUGUUGUGGUAGCCUGUAGGACAGUUAGUUUGUGCUAACCAGGCUAUAGCUGAUUAUUUGACAGGGGUAUUGUUCCUCUGGAGACUUUUCUCAUACCCCACAUGCUCUUGUACCUUCCUGGAAGAAAUGGCAUAAAAUGACAAUAUCUGUCUAAUUACACUUAGAUGCUUUUGGUUUUCCACGAGUGAAAAAUUAAAUGAAUCAAAUGUGCUUUAUCACCGUGGAGAUCUUGGAGAAUCACCUGAGCACCAAGGUCACAUGUACUCUCAGAAGCUCUCAUCUGUGAACUUUAAUAAAGAUUGACCCUCACUCCUCCAAAGACCAGCCUGAAAGCCUUCAAACCCGUCAGAUGAUGGAUGAGUCAGACGAUGACUUUAAGGAACUCUGUGCCAGCUUUUUCCAAAGGGUGAAAAAGAAUGGCCCCAAGGAAGUGUCGGGGGAAAGGAAGACACAAAAGGCCUCAAACAGUACCCAGAUAAGAAGCAAACUGAAAAGGACCAAACCAACUGCUUCCAAGAGCAAAACCCUUCAAGGCCCCGCUGAGAGGAAAACUCGCUCUGGCAGCCAGGUCCUGCGGACUCAAAAGCAAGGGGCACCCAAGUGGCCAGAGAGUGAACCUGCUCCCCCUGAAAAUGGGGAGGGAAGCGUGCAUGCUUCUGCUGUGCUCCAAGACAGUGCAUGGAGCACCCAGACAGAGGCCACUCCUGACAGCCGCUCCCAGCCCCCUCCUUCCUGUCUGACUGCGAUGGUGCCCAGUCCCUCCAAACCCCGGGCGGCAGAGCUGGUGCUACAGCGAAUGCAGCAGUUCAAGAGAGCAGACCCCGAGCGUUUGAAACACGGUUCAGAAGGGUGCUCCCUAGAGGCUGCACUUGAAGAAAACGUCCCAGAGGGCCCUCAAGAGAUGAUGGCGGGGAACGGGUCUGGGCCCAGGCUCCCUGCCACAGAGAGCGACGCUGCAGUGGCCUUGGCCCUCCAGCAUGAGUUUGGGCCAGAACGGGCAUCCACACACAACGACAGCCUGGAGGAGAAGGGGUUGUUCUUUUGCCAGAUCUGUCAAAAGAACCUCUCGGCUAUGACUGUGACACGGAGGGAGCAGCAUGUGAACCGGUGCCUGGACGAGGCUGAAAAGGCACUGAGACCUUCUGUGCCUCAGAUCCCUGAAUGCCCAAUUUGCGGCAAGCCAUUUCUCACCCCAAAGAGCAGAAUCAGUCACUUGAAACAGUGUGCGGUGAAGAUGGAGGUCGGCCCGCAGCUCCUGCUCCAGGCCGUGCGGCUGCAGACAGCUCAGCCCGAGGGGGCCUCUGGCACACUGGCAUCGAGCCUCAGGGAUCACACUGGAGGUCUGAAGCGGAAGAGAGCCACUGCCAAGAAGGAGCCGCAGAAGAGGCGGAAGGUCGCCAAGCCCGAGGCGCCGUCCGAGGACCUGCUGGUGGCCAUGGCUCUGUCCCGGUCCGAGAUGGAGCAGGAGGCUGUGCCGGCGGCACUCAGGCUGGGAAACGCUUUUUCUGAGAGGACGAGACCGGGAGCAGCUCUAGAGAAGAAAAGUCGCAAGAAGAAAGCCCCCGUUACGCCCCCGCAGUUGUUAGUCCAGGACGCGGAGACCACAGGGAGACAGAUGGAGGAUCGCGUGGCCCAGCUCUUGGCAGAGGAGCUGGAGCUGUCUGGCACGCCACCGCUUCCUGCGAGCAGAAUUUUUAAGGAAGAGCUGGAAAAGGGCAGGCGGGGUCUUCGACCACCUGGAGGAAAGCAGAAAUUUCUGUGGGAGGGCAGCGCCCUGACCGGGGCCUGGGCUCUGGAAUCCUUCUACACGGCCAGCCUGGUCCCUCCCCUGGUGCCCCAGCGGCCCGCCGAGGGCCUCACACAGGAGCCCACGCUGCCACUGGAGCUGCCUGAGAAGCCAGAGCCUGGCAUGCAAACACCCCUUGCCGUCCAUGGCACCCGCCCUGUGGGCCACAGACCCCUGAGCCCAGCGCCCUCCGCCAGCCAGAGGGAGCAUCAGGCCCUGCAGGACCUCCUGGACCUGGCAGGAGAGGGGCUGAGCGCCAGCCCGUGGCCCUGCAGCGGGGGCCCGGCCGGCUCAGGAGGGGCCACAGGAAUGGACUUGUCGCCCAGCAGCCUUCCACUGACUGGGUUUGUCCUGCCAGCCAAGGAGAAGUGCCUGGAGAGGAGCGGCCAGGCUUCGCUCGCCCUCGGUUUGCUGGUGGCCGACUUCGGUGCCAUGGUCAACAACCCACACCUCAGCGACAUCCAGUUUCAGAUGGACAGCGGGGAGGUGCUUUAUGCCCACAAGUUUGUGCUCUAUGCCCGAUGCCCACUUCUCAUGCAGCACGUAAACAGUGAAGGCUUCUUUGCAAUAGAAGAUGGUGACAUGAGGACCCAGCGCGUUCUGCUGAGUGACGUCAGCGCUGAGGCCGCCCGGGUGUUUCUGCGUUAUCUCUAUGCUGCGGACACUGCCCUUACUCCCCAACUGGCCCCUGACCUGAGCUCUCUGGCCCACAGGUUUGGCGUGACUGAGCUUGUUCACCUGUGCGAACAGGUGCCUGUCCUGAUGGAUGCAGAGGGUGGACAGCAGAAGGAGCAGGAAGACGAGGAUUGUGAAAGCAGAGUGGAGACUUUCCAAGAACUCCUGCGGUCAGUGUGGCGGGGUGAGGAGGAGGAAGCAGAGGCUCUGCUGAAAUCCGAGGGCCGAGAAGAAGACAGAGAAAAGGUGAAUGAGGCAGAGAUGGAAGAAAUUUAUGAAUUUGCAGCUACUCAGCGAAAGCUGCUCCAGUGGGAGAAACCUCCAGCCAUGGAGGAAGAAGCUGACCAGCUCAGGGAGGACGGUCCAGUUUCUGAGGGAAUCCUCACAAGUGUUCGCAAUAAAGAACAGUCAGAAAAUGCAGAGCAGAUGGAAUCAUCUGGGCAAGGAAGAGAUGAGGCCCCAGACAAAUGGAAAAACAUGAGACAGUCCACGCUCCUGCCCCCCGGGGACCAGGGUUUAGACAGGGAGGAGAAAGCAGAGUCCCCAGAGGAAGCACUGGCUCUUCCCUACUCUUCCAGCCCUGCCCGGGGUCGGGCAGAGAAGCAGGAAAGUACCAUUUUGUGCUCAGUUGAUGAUGAUGAUGAACAGUCCUUUUCACUGCCUCAAGCCGGAUACCCUGAACCCUCCCAGAUGACAAGUGAUCGCAAGGAAGGAAACUGCACCGUAUGGGAAAGGGAGAUAGAGAGUUCCCAUCCCCCUGCUCGCCAGCAGGCACCUCCCUCACACUCACCCUUCUUCCCAUCACAGCCCCAUCAAGGCAGGAGUCCCUGCCGGCCACAUCUUCGUUCUCGUCACACCAGUGACCUGUCCCUGCCAACACCCCAGUUGCAGGGCACGGCUUCCAGGGUGGCCUCUCAGAACUCAUCACUGAAGCCAAAGAGGGCCAGAAGCCUUCCCAUGUCACAUAAGGAUCCAGGCCAGAAAGACAAGGAAUGUAGUUCUGUGUUGGAACACAGAGGUAAAGGGGUACUGAUCUCCCCAGAAAAGUCGCCACCCAUGGAUCUAACCCAGUCAGAACCUGGCUGCUUGAGUGCCAGGUCUCAGAACUCCCCAUCCAGCGUGAACAGAGAAGAUGAGGUUAUCCUUUUAUUGGAUUCAGAUGAAGAACUGGAGCUGGAACAAAUCAAAAUAAAGUCAGUUUUGAACGGUCCCUCGGAAGAAAGGAAAGUUCUUGAAGUUAGCACCAAGUCCUCUGAGCUGUUUUCCAUCAUCGACCUCGAUGCGGAGCAGGAACCUUCCCAAAGCCCACCAGGAAGAGAACCCACGCUACAGCAGGAGGUGGAGGGACCGCUGGGGAACCGGGGCUCUGUCGGGGGCAGAGGGACCCCCCAGCUGUUCUGCAACCCCAAGAUCAGUGGCAACGAGGACAGCAUGACAGAUACCUCAUGGCUGGUGCCUGCCACCCCACUGGCUAGCAGAAGCCGCGACUGUUCAUCGCAGACCCAAAUCACAGGCCUCAGGUCCAGGCCUUCAGCAGACCCACUGGCUCAGCCCAAGCCCAGGGCCCUGUUAGAGACCAGGGACGAACCGGAAGCCAUGAGUAAGUUUUCGGUCAUUGUGCCUCAGACAUCAUCCUCACUCCUGAGCCCCGUCGCUCCUGGAAGCCCUGACAGCAGAAGGCAGGUCUGCAGAAGCCCAUCCAGUCCCCACCCCAGAUGCCACCAGUACUUUUCUCCUCUGGCUCCCCGUCCCGGCUCAGGAGGCCUCGCUGAUCUCACUGGGCAGUUCCAGAGGCACCCGCCGCCUGCGCCGAGCCCAGGGGUUCAGGCCACUGCGAGUGAAGUGGUGGAGGUUGAGGACAGUGAGGAGGAGCAGGAGGUGGCCUCCCGGAAGGCGAGCAACAUCCCCCUGCCGGAUAGUGACCCCCCGAUUCCAGCCGACGAUUGGUGUUGGCACGUGGAGCCCCUCUCACCAAUUCCGAUCGACCACCUGAACCUCGAGUGGACCGGUCCCCUGAGCACCAGUAGCCCUGGCAGUAGGGUGGAGGGGGCCCCAGACAGCGGUGACUGCCGCCCCCCAGCACUGCUGGGCACCACCCCCAUCCGAGGAAGCUGCACUGGCCAGAGGAAGGCUCAAGAGAAAUCCCCUGGGGCUGGCUCCCCUGGGAGCAGCAGGCUGAGCUUUCUGAACUCAGCUCUGUGGGAUGAUUGGGAUGGAGAAGAACAGAAGUCGCCAGAGGCUCUUCCUCUGCCCCAGACACCGAGCGUGCAUGGAGCCCAGAAGUUGCAAGAGUUACAGACGCCAAAAGGUGCUAACCGGAAGAAGAACUUGCCCCCCGAAGUGCCCAUAACCCCAAUGCCAAGGUAUUCCAUCAUGGAGACCCCGGUGCUGAAGAAAGAACUGGACAGGUUUGGGGUCCGCCCUCUGCCCAAACGCCAAAUGGUCCUGAAACUGAAGGAGAUAUUCCAGUACACUCACCAGACACUGGAGUCAGAUUCCGAGGAAGAGAUCCAGUCCUCACAGGUGCCCUUGGAGGCUCCUUGCAGCCAGACUUACACCACCAAGACCUCUAAGGCUUCAAGGGCAGCUGGCCGCACCCAGCUGGAGGCCACUUCUGGCCCCGUUCCCCAAAGGUCCAAGGGACCUGCUAAGACCAAGGGCCCCCAACAUCAAAAGACGCAGCCUGGUGGAAGCGUCCCUGCCCUGAGCACGUCACCAGCCAAGGAGGGCCCUCCAGGCCCUGAUGGUGACACCCAGCUACCGGCCUCCCAGGAAUCCGUGGCCACCUCUGUAGACAGCAGUGACAGCUCCUGCAGCUCACAAAGUUCUUCCUGUGACUUUGGAGCGGCCUUGGAGUCUGCAGGAGAAGAUGAGGAGGACGAGGAGGGUGUCAGUGCUUCACAGGCAGCCAUCCAGGUAGCGGCCACAGAGGAGGCCGUGAGGCGUUACAUCUGCUCCAAGCCAGCCCUCUACCGCAAGGUCCUGCUGUACCAGCCCUUGGAGCUGGCAGAGCUACAGGCCGAGCUGAAGCAUCAAGGCAUCCACGUGGCCACGGGGAAGCUGUUGGACUUUCUAGACACCCAGUGCAUCACCUUCACCACAGCUGCCGCCCGCAAGGAGAAGCUUGAGAGGAAGAGACGGCAGCCCGUGGGCAAGAAGACGGGGGUCAGAACCCGUGGGCCUGUCCCCCGCCCCCAACCCCUGGCCAUCAGCAGCCUGUGAGGGUCUGCGGCCUCCGUCAGCCAGCCAGGCCCCCACAGUGUUUCUGAGCUUUCUGACCACACCGCUCCCCCUGUGAAUAACGGCAGCACCAACCCAGAUCAGCUUCCUCUUGACCUCAUACCCUAGAGUGGCCUUUGGAGUGUGUCAUCUGCUGGAUUUAGGGGCCCUGGCCCCUCCCUCCAUUGGUGCCCACAGUUGGUCUCCCUUUAACCCCCUUGGACCCCAUGUGUUUCAGGAGGGGGUGGGCCACUGCCAGCUGGCCAGGGCAAGGCCUGAUUCAGCCGCAUCUUCCACUCUCUUUGCCCACCAGUCACAGGUGUCCGUGUCCUGAGGUGGAUGUCUGGGUCCAGGCUGCCCCUGCCCAUGUCUUCCUUCUCAGCACUUGGGCUGUAAUCCCAGCCUCCACCAGCAGACCAGCUGUCCACAGGCCCUGCACUGCCAGGCCCCAGGUGCUCUGCUGGCCCAGCUGUCCUGCCCAGACACCUGUCAUUGUCACCAGCAGUCUUUGAAUUGGACAGUACAGAAGGCCCAGUACAGCUCUGAAGCCCCCAAAAUAAGCACGUUUUUUGUUAACUGGUUCCACCAGUAUGUGUUGUAGCCGCCUGUGGAGUGCAGGUGAGGGCUGGAAAAGAAGAAAAGUUGUUUGGGUCUCUGCGUCCUUGCAAACGUCUUGUCUGUUUUAAAUACAGUGCAGUUCAUUUUAUAUGAUGUGCAAUAAAAACAAAAAGUCUUUAUAGAAA